AUGUUGCUGCGAGGCGAAAGACGACGGUUUAGCCCAGCGUCACGGAAAGAAGAAUGCGGUGUGCAAACUAAUGAUUCACUGGAAACAACCAAGAAGUGCUUCAAACACCACAGUCGUCCACUAAACGUAAAAACAAGACGAGCACAUCAUCAGCUGAAUCAGUUCCAUGACAAGGACCCCCACUGCUGCGAGAUGAAGCACUCACAGCCGAUGAACAAGUCGGCGUACAAACACGCGAGGACGUCUGCCAAGAAGCUACCGUCUACAACUACGUCUUAUGGUGCUCACUAUUUGCAAACCGCACCUAACUCUCCCGAUGCAAAGGUGCCAACGCGAGCGCUGUUGAACGCCAUGGUGGAGCUAUUGACGAUGACGGGCGCUGAAGGACUGACAGUAAGGAGCAAGCGACAGCGACCGAGAGGAUCAUCGUGA